CCGGGGGAUAAAUGCCACCUGAUCUUGUGCAUAGCAGGAGCUGGUCAGUCCCAGGGUCAGAGCCCGAAUGCGGAUGCCCAGGAACUCUCAGCCUUAAAGCCACGAGGGGUUGUUGCUAUGGGAAUGGAGAGGGGCUUGCAGGCAGCAUCUGGAGCCUGUGUCUCUCCCUGUCCGAGGCAGCUGGAUUCGGAGGGAAGCAAAACUAAAAGGAGGUGGCAGAGAGAGACAGAGGCACAGCAAAAUGCAUGCAUGUUAGAGGAGGGACCUUCCCAGAAUGAGAGUACAGUGGGAUACAGAAGAGCGGGGACACCAAACUGCCAGGCAGCGGUGGCUCGGCUGGGUAGGAUAAACCUGAUUUUCUGCUCUGAUUGACACUGGAAACAAGUCCGGUGAGAGCCCAGCUGUGGCAAGAUGGGAUCUGCCUCCUCCACUUACCGGCCCAAAUGUAUUUAUUUGGACAUUGACGGAAGAAUUCAAAAGGUGAUCUUCAGUAAAUACUGCAAUUCCAAAGAUAUUAUGGACCUUUUCUGCAUUGCAACAGGGUUGCCGAGGAACACAACCAUCUCCCUUUUGACAGCAGACAACUGCAUGGUGUCCAUUGAUCCCACAAUGCCUGCAAACACGGAGAGGUCUCCAUACAAAGUGAUACCAGUUAUGACUGAGCAGCUCUCAGAGAAAGAAGAAUUGUUCCAGAAUUUAUUGGGACAGAUUGCUGAGCAGUUCUCGAGGGUUUUUAAAAUCAAUGAACUGAAAACGGAAGUAGCUAAUCACUUGGCAAUGCUGGAGAAAAAGGUUGAAUUGGAAGGCCUGAAAGUGGUGGAGAUUGAGAAAUGCAAGCGUGACAUUAAAAAGAUGAGGGAGGAAAUGGCAGCAAGGAGCAGCAGGACUAACUGUCCCUGCAAGUACAGCUUUUUGGAUGAAAACAAGAGGCCAGCUCCCCGGCGGGAUGUGCCAUCCUACCCAAAGUACAUGCUGUCCCAGGAGACCAUCGAGGCUCUGCGGAAACCAACUUUUGACGUCUGGCUGUGGGAGCCCAACGAGAUGCUGAGCUGUUUGGAGCACAUGUACCACGACCUUGGGCUGGUAAAAGACUUCAACAUCAAUCCUAUCACGUUGAAGAGGUGGCUGCUGUGCAUCCACGACAACUACAGGAACAACCCCUUCCACAAUUUCCGGCACUGCUUCUGCGUCACGCAGAUGAUGUACAGCAUGAUCUCGCUCUGCAGCCUCCAGGAGAAAUUUUCCCAAAUUGACAUUUUGAUUCUCAUGACUGCAGCAGUGUGCCAUGACUUGGACCAUCCAGGCUAUAACAAUACCUACCAGAUCAACGCGCGGACGGAGCUGGCCGUGCGCUACAACGACAUCUCCCCGCUGGAGAACCACCACUGCGCCGUGGCCUUCCAGAUCAUCUCCCAGCCAGAAUUCAACAUUUUCUCCAACGUGGACCAGGACCAGUUCAAGCAGAUAAGACAGGGGAUAAUUACAUUAAUCCUGGCUACAGACAUGGCGAGACAUGCAGAAAUACUGGACUCUUUCAAGGAAAAAAUGGAAAACUUUGAUUAUACAAAUGAAGACCAUAUGACCUGUCUGAAGAUGGUGCUGAUAAAAUGCUGUGAUAUCUCCAACGAAGUCCGCCCGAUGGAGGUAGCAGAGCCCUGGGUAGAUUGCUUACUGGAGGAGUAUUUUAUGCAGAGCGACCGAGAAAAAUCCGAGGGGCUCCCGGUGGCGCCGUUCAUGGACCGCGACAAAGUGACCAAACCCACGGCACAGAUCGGAUUCCUCAAGUUCGUGCUCAUCCCCAUGUUCGAAACAGUGACAAAGCUGUUCCCAGAAGUGGAGGAGGUGAUGCUCCAGCCUCUGUGGGAAUCCAGGGACCACUACGAGGGGUUAAAACAGAUAGAUGAUGCUAUGAAAGAGCUGCAGAAACAGAAAAGUGACGUUUUGACCACCGGCAGUAACGAAAAGUGAGAGGAAACAGCCUUUGAACAAAUCAACCACGAGCCUUGAGGCUCCUCUGGUUUGAGAAAUGCUGUAUUAGCCAAGCAGAGGUGGUGGCUACGUCAAAAUCCAAGUGGGACCAUGCAGGGAGAGAUGGAUCCACAGCCUGCAGCCUCCUCACAGAGGUGCUGCUGCCAUCGGACAACGCCUGCUCCCCAGGCUCCAGCAUUCCCACCACAGCCUCCUGGCAGGAUUCCCCAGGCUCCUGAAUUCCCACCACAGCCUCCUGGCAGGAUUCCCCAGGCUCCUGAAUUCCCACCACAGCCUCCUGGCAGGAUUCCCCAGGCUCCUGAAUUCCCACCACAGCCUCCUGGCAGGAUUCCCCAGGCUCCAGCAUUCCCACCACAGCCUCCUGGCAGGAUUCCCCAGGCUCCAGCAUUCCCACCACAGCCUCCUGGCAGGAUUUCCCAGGCUCCUGAAUUCUGAAUUCUCAUCACAGCCUCCUGGAAGGAUCCCCCAGGCUCCUGAACUCCCACCACAGCCUCCUGGAAGGAUCCCCCAGGCUCCUGAAUUCCCUCCACAGCCUCCUGGCAGGAUUCCCCAGGCUCCUGAAUUCUGAAUUCUCACCACAGCCUCCUGGCAGGAUUCUCCCUGCAGGCACUGCUCAGGCUGCAGCACAGCUCCAACCUUCAGCAGAUCUGCCUUUUGGGUGACCCAGCUGCCUGCAGCCUGUAGAGACAAAUCAGAGCUUAGCUAAGGAGCCUUUUUCUGGGAAAUGAUGCCCUGGCACCUGGGAUUGUUUUAGUUGAGAUACUCUCUAUAUGUGUACAGCAGUAUAUGCUAGUUACAGCAGAGCUCACUAGAUGCUUAUACACUGACAAGGGUCCAGGCAUACAUUUUUGUUUGCCUGGUAGGCCCUAAUGAUACAUUUCUCCUCAUUAUUCUCUGAAUUUUAUAGUGUUCACAGUACAUUCAGAAGCCCAGCAUAGUGGAUGCAAUUUCCUUUUUUUUUUUUUUUUUUUCUACACUAGAAGAAAUCAGAAGAAACCUUAGUGAGUUUGCAGGGUUGCUUUGUGGCCUGGUACAGCUGGACACCAUGGGAUCCUUCAGCAUGAGCAAAGAAGGGAGCACAAAGCUGAAAAAACCAUGGUGCAAACACAUUUUUAUCCUUGUUGAUGCAAAAAAAAAAAAAAAAAAAAAAAAACCCAAAAAAAACCAACAAGAGACAACUUCAAAGAUGUACAGAUUUUUUUUUUUUUUUAACUUUUAAACCGAUCUGCUAAAUAAUAUAUUCUUCUACAGAAA